ACUAGUGCCAAUUUUUUUUGAAACAAAAUUGUCAUUGGAAAGACUUUGUGAAGUAAGCUCAUAUGGUUUCAACAUUAAGUCGUCCCAAACCUGUUACAAUUUUAAGUAAGAAAGUGUCGAAUGGCUAAAAAGCUCCCUCAAACGGCAAUCAUCGAAGUUUUUCCUAAUCCAGACAUAGAAACUAUGAAGAAAAUAAACCAUCGACCAAAGGAACAGGAUAUUCUUACAAAACACUGGGGACUUGUAAAGCAAUCCGUGGUUCUCAAUCAUAUUGUGGACCCAUUGAUUGAAAACCAUGUGAUAUCAGUAGACCAAUGGAUGGACCUGAAGAAUAGAAGAAUGACGGAACCAGAACGUAUGGAAGAACUACUGUAUAUAAUACUCAAGUCUAAACAAGAUUCUGUAUUUAUAUUUUUAAAAGCAUUGAGAAAACGUGGAUACAAACACGUUGCAGAUGAGCUUGAAGGAAAAAUUUCAGUUCAAGCACCUUCAACAACAUACGUUGGUAUAGCCGAUAAACGAGGAACUAUUACAAGAUUUAAGCAAGUUCCAGUGGUCAAAGACGAUAUCGUAGACUCAUACAAUAACCCAUCAUUGUCAUCUUCUGCAUCAUCGGAUGCUAGAAAUGAUGAUUCUGUUAAGCAAACUGACCUAGAAAAAAUGAAAGAUGAAAUUAAAGGAGAACUGAGACAGCUUCGUGCAAAUCUAGAAACAGAACGUAAAGAGGACAGAGAAGAAAUGAAAGAUCUCAAAAGACAACAUACUGACUUAAGGACAAACUUUGAAAAAGUACAAGCUGAGCGCACAGAACUUAAAAGGAAAAUAAACGAACUAUCCAAUAACGUCGACCAGUUAAAGACUAACUUGGCAUCUAAGGAAAAAGAGUAUGCAGAUAUCAAACGGAAGAACAAUUUCUUGCUUGAGGAAUUGAGCAAAAAAUCGGAUGCAAUCAGUAAAGCUGUCCAAGAGAAAGAAAAAGAGAAAAGUGACAUUGAAAAGAAAUUGGAAACCAAAAAUAUCGAAUAUAAAGAACUGCAGGGGAUAUUGAACACUCUUAAGGAGGACCACGAAGAAAGGCUAGCAAGGUUAAAAUCAAUUAACAAAGAAAAGAUCAGAUUAGAGCAGAAUAUGAAAACAUCGGAGAAGCAGAAGAGAGAUCUCGAAAUGCAGAUAAAAGCACUAGAGGACCAAAUUGCACGUUCCAAGAUAGAUCAUGACAAAGAAAUAGGCAUACUUCAGCAAGAUUUAGACAAUCAGACUGACUUGAUAUCUUCCCUUGAAAAAGAUAAAGCGAAACUAGAAAGCAAAUUGAUUGAAAUCGAAGAGAAUAAUGAAGAAUUGCGAGACCAAAAUGUCGCUUUACAAGAAAAACUUCAAAGCAGCGAGGAAGAAAACGCUAUAAUGAGAGCAAGACUGCAAGCUUUUGAUAUGAAGAAAUAUGCGGUGCCUCCGUACAACGCUGUUGUACGAGGAAAAAAUUACAGGUCAUCAACUCAGAGGUCUUCCUGGUCGUAUGUUUCUACUUAUUUUUACAAUUUUAAUUCCUACAGGUUAUUUGAAAAGAAAUGAUGUUUAAAGAAUAUAAUUCAUGAGUUGUCGUCUUCAGCUGAAUGUGUAAAAGGAAGAAUUUGUUUGUUUAAAACAUGCUUUUGCUUCGACAUCAGACAUAAAUCAGCUACCAUAUAUAUGUGUAUAAGUAGUUAUAAGUUUUUAGACUUCUUUGUAUCCUAAAAAUAUCUUAAUGUUAUUUUGAAAUCCUCAGGCAUGACAGUGUGUCUGUUAUUCAAAACUAACAGUAAGUGUUAGUAUCAUAUUUGUGAAAGGUUGAUGCGUGUGGUUGUAGUCGGUUGGAAAGACACUAAAACUUUAUCUGUAUUUAGAAAUGUUUAUUAGUACCUUUUCAUACAGUUUACAAAUGUAAUAUUGUAUCAAUAUAUUUUUUUAUUAUGCAUAUAUAUGAAUCUAAAAUUGCUUUUGAAGUACCAGUCUGCUUAUAAUAGCGAUUAUAUCAUCUACAAAAUUGAAUCAAAAAUCCAAUUUAUGACUCUGUGAUUAAAUUUUGUCAUCGUGUACAUAUGUAUAAAACAGUAGCAUUUCAGACAAAACACGAAACAUUUUAGCCCAUACGUUUGGGAACAACUCCGGAUCAUCUUAUAGAAAUGUUGAAACUAUUCUUGUCUACAAGAAUGCGAGUAACGCCAAUUUAUUAUGAUCCACAUAUCAGCUGUUCUGACAAUAUAAUUAAUUUAAACAAUAAAAUCUUUGAAUUAUAAUAA